GAGAGAGAGGGUUCAGGUCUAGAAGGUGUCAUCUCCUCAUCCUGUUUAGAUCAGAGCUGAGUCUGUAAUGGAGGAGAGAGGAGACCGAGCAGCACCGGGAGGAGGAAACCACCGGGCGGCAAAGCGGCUCCGCACCGAGCAGGACACCGGCGUGAGGGAGCUGGAGGACGGGGAGGAGGAGGAGGAGGACCCGGCGGGGAGCGGAGGAGACACCGAGAGCAGGAGGCGGAGGAGUGGAGGGAAGGAUGAUGUGGAGGACAGUCACCGCAUCCCCCCAUCUCCGGUGGUCCACGUCCGAGGACUGUGCGACGCCGUGGUGGAGGCUGACCUGGUGGAAGCCCUCAACAAGUUUGGCAACAUCUGCUACGUGAUGAUGAUGCCGUUCAAGCACCAGGCUCUGGUAGAGUUCGACAGCGUGGAGAGCGCUGAACGCUGCGUGGCGUGUGGAACCCGGGAAGCCGUUUACAUUGCCGAACAACAGGCCUUCUUCAACUUCUCCACCAGCCAGAGGAUCACCAGGCCGACCAACGCAGACGAUCCCACCAGCGGAAACAAGGUCCUGCUGCUGUCCAUCCAGAACCCGCUGUACCCCAUCACCACCGAUGUCCUGUACACCGUCUGUAACCCGGUCGGCAACGUCCUGCGCAUCGUCAUCUUCAAACGCAACGGCAUCCAGGCCAUGGUGGAGUUUGAGUCGGUGGAGGACGCUCAGAAGGCCAAACUGGCUCUGAAUGGAGCCGACAUCUACGCCGGCUGCUGCACGCUAAAGAUCGAAUACGCUCGGCCCAACAGACUGAACGUCGUCCGCAACGACAACACCAGCCGGGAUUACACCAAACCCUUCCUCCUGCACCGAGAGCGGGGGAAGGGACGGCAACGUCAGGCCAUCCUGGGAGAACAUCCGUCCAAUGGCUACGGCCCACACUGCCCCCUGCUGCCUCUACCUGGUAACAGCAGGUACAGGAAGCGCACUGAGGAGGUGCAGGACUUGAUUUCUUACCCGCUGCUCCUCCAUAAGACCUCCUCCUCCUCCUCAUCCUCCACCUCCUUCCUGAGUCGCGCCGUCUCCAGCUCAGUCGCCAUGGUGAGCGGCCUCCAUCCGGCCAAGAUGAACUGCAGUCGCAUAUUCAACCUCUUCUGUCUCUACGGCAACGUGGAGAAGGUAAAGUUCAUGAAGAGCGUUCCUGGGACAGCGUUGGUGGAGAUGGGGGAUGAAUAUGCCGUAGACCGAGCUGUGACUCACCUCAACAGCAUUAAGGUGUUCGGCAAGAAAGUCAACGUCUGUGUGUCCAAGCAGCAGGCGGUCAUUCCCAGUCAGACGUUUGAGCUGGCCGACGGCAGCAGCAGCUACCAGGACUUCAGUCUGACCAGAAACAACCGCUUCAGCAGCGCCCAGAACGGCAGGAACAUCAUCCAGCCGCCUGCUGCUGUUCUGCACUUCUACAACGCCCCGCCCAGCCUCAGCCAGCAGCAGCUGCACACGCUCUGUACCGAGCACGACGUUCCCAUCUUCACCAAGUUCAAGGUUUUCGAUGCCAAACCCAACUCAAAGACUCUGUCUGGUCUGCUGGAGUUUGACAGUAAAACUGAAGCUAUGGAGGCUCUGACAGUCCUCAACCACCACCAGAUCAGGAUACCCAACAUCUCCAAUCCCUUCACUCUGAAACUCUGCUUCUCCACGUCCUCCCAUCUGUGACCACCACCGGCUUCUCCAGGACAUGAGUUUGUUCAUGACAAAGAGAGAAACGGAUGCAAUGAAGAUUUCAGUCUUUCCUAUUAGGUGAAUGAAUCUGAACGGAUGAUUUAUACGUCUAGACGAUGAGGCCGUUUGAAGAAGAAAAGUAUAUGAAUAACUUACAAACUACUAACCAUCCGCUAGUUAAAAUACCAACUAAUUAGUACUGGUGCCUCAAGAUGGGGAACAGGAAUAGUUACAUGUGUAGAUAUUUAAAAAUACAAGGUGAAGUCUGGAAAGAAUGAGAUAACAACCAUGGUUUUAUUCUGUAAUUAAAGAGGAAAUGUGACAUAAUCUGUGAUCUUAACCAUCGAUUAAUCAACUACUUAUAUUGAUUAGUUGAAAGUUUGCUAAUAUGUUAGUUUUCUUUCUUCACAAACUCAAUGGACAUCAGUUCCUUCAUUCACUCAUUCAAGUUUGAUCAACUCAUGGCUGGAAGCUCUAAAGACGUCUGAAUUAAACAUAUAGUUACAUUAAGAUAAUAGUCUGAAUCCACAAAUCAGCUGUUGGUUUUGAAAGAUGUGUUAUCUUUAAAAAAUCACCAUUUAUCAGAGCAGUAAACUGUAAAACAGAACAAAUUCCUAGUGGUCAUUAAAUUAAUUAUGUUAUUUAACGUUCCGAAGGUUUACCGAGAAGAGAUUGGUUCGUACCUUGGACUAGUAGUUCUACUAACUUCCUGCUUGAUGUUUCACAGUGAACUAGUGGCUUCUAGUGCCUGACAAACAUGACUCACAGGAACAAAUCUUCAUAAAUGUAGACCCAUUUAUUGACUUUUCCUUAUUUCAAAUGAUAAAGUGAAGCGGGACGCUUCAUAUUAGAUCUCUGUGGUUUGGAUGGAACUUUCUGCCAUGUGAACUUUUAUAUUAGAUUUUCUCCUUGGUGUUUGGUAAUAGCUGAAAAUUCACCAUGUAUGUACAGUUGUGCUCAUAAGUUACACACCCUGGCAGAGUUUAUAAUUUCUUGGCUGUGUUUCACAGAAUAAGAAUGAUAAGAGAAAAAACUUUUCUUUCACUCAUGGUUAGCGGUUGAGUGAAGCCAUUUAUUGUCAAACAGCUGUUUACACUGAUAAAAGUUUACAUACCCCAGUUCUUAGUACUUUAACAUCCAUGACAGCUUGAAGUCUUUUGUGCUAGUUGUGGAUGAGGCUUUUUAUGUUCUCAGAUGGUAAAGCUGCCCAUUCUUCUUGGCUAAAAGCCUCCAGUUCCUGUAAAUUCCAGAGUUGUGUUGCAUGAACUGUACAUUUGAGAUCUCCACAGAGUGGCUCAGUAAUGCUGAUGUCAGAAGUCUGGAAUGACCGCUCCAGAACCUUCACUUUAUUCUGAUGUAGCCAGUGAAAGGUCGACAUGGCCAUGGAACGUCCAGGUACGUCCCAUGGGCAGCUUCCUGGCUGAUGAGUGCAAAUUUUCUUCCAGUAUUUUCUGAUAAUAUUCAUCUUGCCAUCAAUUUUGACCAAGUUUCCGGUGCCUUUGUAGCUCCCAACAUCAGCUCCCUUAACAUCAGCGAUCCACCUCCAUGUUUCCCAGUAGGAAUGGUGUACCUCCAGCACCGGCCUCGUUGAGUCCGCUCCAAAUGCAACAUUUCUGGUUUUGGUCUCAUCACUCCAAAUGACUUUGUUCCAGAAGUCUUGAGGCUUGUCUCUGUGCUCUAUGGCGUAUUGUAAGCAGGAUGCUUUGUGGCAUUUGCGCUGUAACAGCUUUCUUCAGGCAACUCGACCAUGCAGCCCUUUUUUCUCCUUAUUGUGCAUCUUCAAACAGCCACACCACUUUUUUCAGAGGGUCCUGUGUUUCAGCUGAAGUUAUUUGUGGGUUUUCCUUUGCAUCUCAAACAAUUGUCCUGGCAGUCGUGGCGGAAAUUUUUGUUGUUCUACCUGGCUGUGAUUUGGUUUCAAUAGAAUCCCUCAUUUUUCACUUCUGAAUUAGAGUUUGAACGCUGCUGAUUGGCAUUCUCAGUUCCUUGGAUAUCUUUUUAUAUCCUUUUCUUGUUUUAUAUAGUUCAAUUACCUUUUCCUGCAGAUCCUUUGUAUUAUUAUUAUAUUGACAAUUCUUUUGCUUUCCCCAUCACUAAGAAUCCAGAAAUGUCAGUGCAGCACUGGAUGAAAGAUGCAAGGAAAUUCACUGAGCUUUUAUACAAACAGGCGAGUUACCUUUAGUAACCAUUCAAACCCGUUUGUGUCAACUUGUGUGCACGUUAUCAGGCCAAAAUCACCAGGGUAUGGAAACUUUUGAUCAGGGUCAUUUGGGUAGUGUCUGUUGACAGCUGUUUGACCAUAAAUGGCUUCAUCCAACCACUAACCAUGAGUGAAAGAAAAGUUUUUUUUCUGUUAUCAUUCUUAUUCUCUGAAAAACGGCCAAGAAAUCAUAAACUCUGCUAGGGUAGGUAAACUUAUGAGCACAACUCUAUGUAUGUAAGGUCUGAGGGCUUUAAUAUACUAUGUGGUUGUUUUCCCCUUUUCACUCUUGAAUUACACAACUCUGUUGUUAACAUUUGUUUGAAUUUAACUUCCUGUAAAAUGUAGUCGUUACUCCUGUGUUUCUGUUGGUCUUCUUCCUCUGCACCUCUAUAGAAGUAACUUUACAUUUAGCCUCUUUCAUCUCAAUGCUGUCGACUAGUUUUCUUCCAAAGAAACACUUUCACUAAAUCAAAUAAAUGAAGCAGCUCCAUCCUCCAUCUUUCACACCUGAAGAUAAACAAUAAUAAAUUGUCAGUGACUAAAUAAAUAAAUAGCCAGAAGAAAACAAAACUCAGGGAGUUACAGCUAGAAUUAGACAGGAAGAGAGAUUUGUAUACUAGUUUAUUAAAUUUUUUCGUAUGUAUUUAAUUUGUUUAGGUUCUUUUGGUUUUAUUUGAUGUAUUUUUUUUUUUUAAACGUAAUAACCUGGAUUCCUGUGAUUUAUUGAUUUUAACUUCAUUUUUUAUGUAUUUUAAAGUCACUUAAUAAAAAGGCAAAAGGGAAAGAAAAAACACAUUUGUUCAGGUCAGUGUUUGUUGCUUGAAACUCAAUUUUGGUGUUUUUUCUGAGUGACUUUUAAAGAAAAUGGGGUUAAAUCUUGGAUUAUUGAGGAAAUAUCAUUAAAGUUUAUAGUUUCUAUGGACAUAGAGAAUCAAUAAAAGCCAUAUUUGCAUUUUGAGGAUAAAUAAUUUUUAAUCAGUUGUCAUUUGAGCUGUGAUUUCUUCGAACAACUGACAUUUAUUUGGUAUUAGGAAUUAUUGUUCUGUACAGAAAUGUUAGAUUAUUGAUCAUCAUAAAGUACUACUGGUUUUA